CUCUGCAACGCCGGGGCCGGGAGUCUUAGAACCCAGGGCCCGCAGGGGUCCCCACGGCCGCCGUGAUGCAGAAAUACGAGAAACUGGAGAAGAUUGGGGAAGGUACCUAUGGAACCGUGUUCAAGGCCAAAAACCGAGAGACUCAUGAAAUUGUGGCUCUGAAACGUGUGAGAUUGGAUGACGAUGAUGAGGGUGUGCCGAGUUCAGCCCUGCGGGAGAUCUGUCUGCUCAAGGAGCUGAAGCACAAGAACAUUGUCAGGCUUCACGAUGUCCUGCAUAGUGACAAGAAACUGACUCUGGUGUUUGAGUUCUGUGACCAGGACCUGAAAAAGUAUUUUGACAGUUGCAAUGGUGACCUCGACCCUGAGAUUGUGAAGUCAUUCCUCUUCCAGUUGCUGAAAGGCCUGGGGUUCUGUCACAGUCGUAACGUACUGCACAGGGACCUGAAGCCGCAGAAUCUGCUCAUCAACAGGAAUGGGGAGCUGAAGUUGGCUGAUUUUGGCUUGGCUCGCGCCUUUGGGAUCCCUGUCCGCUGUUACUCAGCCGAGGUGGUCACGCUGUGGUACCGCCCACCGGAUGUCCUCUUUGGGGCCAAGCUGUACUCCACAUCUAUCGACAUGUGGUCAGCCGGCUGCAUCUUCGCAGAGCUGGCAAAUGCCGGGAGGCCUCUUUUCCCCGGCAACGAUGUAGACGACCAGCUGAAGAGGAUCUUCCGAUUGCUGGGGACACCAACUGAAGAACAGUGGCCUGCGAUGACCAAGCUGCCAGAUUAUAAGCCCUACCCCAUGUACCCAGCCACAACAUCCCUGGUGAACGUCGUGCCCAAGCUCAAUGCCACAGGGAGGGACCUGCUACAGAACCUUCUGAAGUGUAACCCUGUCCAGCGCAUCUCAGCAGAAGAAGCUCUGCAGCACCCUUACUUCUCAGACUUUUGUCCCCCCUAGACCCUGGGCUUCCUGCCUGCCAGGCUGGGGCCUGGCUUAUUUAAGCCCCACUCCCAGGAGGGGAGGAACUGUGGGAGGUGCCCUGAGUGCUGCACCCCAGCUGUGCUGGGUCCGGCUGGGGUGGAGGUGCCCUGGCCUGUGGUCUUUACUCCCUCCAUGGACUUUAUUUAAUUUCAUAAACUGGCUCCUUUCCCACAGUCUGCUGAUGUGGUAGUAGGGUGGCUCUGAAGGGGGUACGUUAUGUGCUGGGGGCCCUGCCCUGCCUACCACCCUCUGCAAACUGGCUUCCCCACAUGACCCAGCCCAGCUCUAAGCAGCCAAGCCCCAGGGCUGACCCCAUUGAUGCUAAGAGCAGCCCUGUGCUCUACCCCUUCCUUCCUCUGCCAGGACACAGUCCCAGAGGGUUAGGCAGCCCUCGUGUCCAUCUGCAAUGGGGAGGAGAGGGUUGGCCCUUUCCUUGUGCUCCUUAGCCCCUGCAGCCCGUCUUGUCCCUUCUUUCUUCACAACCUACCCAGGCAUGCAGGCUGCAGCAAGUGAGCACCCCUUCCUGCAUUCCCUUACUUGUCAGUUUCCCAGCACACAAGGGAGGCUGGGUUUCUGGCUGGGGCCAGAAGGAAGAGGCCGUACCUUCUACUCCUCCAUCCCAACCAACUGCAGCUGGGAGGAAGCUAGGGAAGCAAGAGCUGUUCUCAGGGGGACAGUUGUGAAUCAGUCCCCAACGAGGGAAAUGGACUCAAGACCUCAGGCAGGACAGCAGUAGAAUGGCCCCUUUCUCUUUUCCCUCUUCACCAUCUUCAAGUCCUUCCCUACCAGUGCAGGGAGGCCCUGCUGAGUGGGACUCCUGUAUGCCCUCACACAGAACCCAGAUCUUGGGGGAGACCUGUUCCUCCCCUCUCUCUGGGAUGUCAGCCAAUAAACUCUGUCACACUGAGGUGCAAA